CGGACUUUAAGAGAGCGCGUCGUGUUGUCAUGGUUACGCCCCCGUUGUCAGGGCGAACCAAGAAUUUGUUAAGGGUGCUGGGGGUCAUGUACUGUCGGUGUUUGCAAGGCUGGAUGUAUUUUAAAAUUCACAUGGUGCAGGUAUGACCUACCUAUCUGCGUUUGUAUGGAAACAGAUUAAAGAACACUGACGUUUCUUAGCCAUUCGAUCUGUAUGAAGAAUGGCGGAAAUCCUCAAAAAAGGAGAUGAAAUUGGACGUGUCUUAGUUCAGGUGCAAGAUGACCUGAAACAACUGAAACGGAGCCUACAUCGAGUCACUCUUCAAGACGGAGGCGAGACCUUGGACACCCGAGCUCUGGAGACAGCCAUUCACAGAACUGAAUGUGGAAUACAGAGGCAUACUGAAGAGUAUUUAAAAUCUGUGAAUAAGCACAUUCUGACUCUUCCUUGCAUUGAGAAUGUAGAGACUAAGACUGUGCAGAUACCACAAUGGCGACCACCACUUGAGAGUCUCCCAGGCAGGCGUCAUGAAAAAAGCCAAAAUGUCGGACCCUCACCUGGACAGAAGCACAAGACAGCCUUCAUGCUGCGGCUGGUCUCCAACCCUGUCCAUCCUAAGAUCAGAGACGUGAUGUCCCAGAGCUACGGUGUCCAGUUUCCAGAGCUGCCCAAGAGGACGGCCACUACAAGGCCCAUGAAGAAGGCGGUUACUGGCCGCACUGUCGGUGCGUUAGCCAUCGUGCCGGGCGGAGGCCGGGGCAACCUUUUCCUGGCGCCUCCACUCUCUGAGGAGGACAUGAGGGCUGGACUGGCUAGUCUCCUGGAGAGACCCUGUGACCUGGAUCUAGCGGAGACCCCAGUUCUGCCCAAGGCUGUCCAGCUCCACCUGAGAGAAGACGCCAGUUUCCCCAGGACGGUGUCUAUAGGCAGCUCAGAGAGGGUGUGUAAACUGCGGAAGGACGUGACCCUGCAUAAAGACAUACCUGAGGCUCAUGCGCAGAUGGCUGUUACUCCCCCGACCUCCACGGCCUCCAAGAAGUCCGACAAGCGUCUGGAGGCGCGCAGGGGAACACGUCUCAUCUCCCUCACCUCUUCGGCCACGUCCAAGAGCAAGUUCCCCUUGGUGAUCAUGGAAGGUCAGGCGGACGUAUCGGCACCGGACUUCUGCCGCUUCCAUCAACACUACUGCCUGAGCGGCGGGGAGCUGCGGGACGCGCUUCGCCGGCUGGAGCACGUGCUGCGCUGCUUCGCCGUGCCCGUGGCGCUGGUCAGCGGGGAGCGGCUGGUGGGGCUGGUGCAGAGCGGCGCGCUGGAGGUCAGGGGUCACGGUGGCGGCGUGGGCGGGCUCGGGAAGCACGGCAGCCGUCUCAGCGCCCUGGAGAGCCGCCUGCUCCUGACGCUGGAGAACCACGAGGAGGUGUCGGAGGUGGUGGAGCGGCCCGGGCGGCGCUACCGCGGCGUGGGAGGCAGGGAGGCGGCGGCGGUGCGCAUCCAGGCCUGCUGGAGGCGCCACCGAGAUCGCUCCGCCUACGUGGAGCAGCGCAGACGCAGGUGGGCGGAGGGCACCAUCGCCAUCGCCUGGCUUAUGCACGCCCAGCUGGGCCGAGUCCGCAGGGCCCUGCAGGCGCGGCGUCUGCGCAGUCUCCAGAACUGCCGCCAGAGGGCAAAGUAUUUGGCAGAUAACUGGAAACACAUCAGCACCUCCAGGAGAACCAUCAUCCACAUCCCUUCGUUAGGCUACACCCAGGAGCAGCGCUUCAGCCUGUGGGGUCUGUUUGACAUCAUGCAGAACAGUCAGAUGGGCCGGCUCUGUGACGUGCUGGAUGAUAAUGUAGACGUGAUCUACCUGGCCCCUAAGCCUGUAGGCGAGGACCUGUCUCAGUACUACACGCGCCUCUUGGCCCUGAAGAAUGCUGUGCAACUGGGGGAUCCCGACGCCCCCAAACACCCCUGUGUCAAACGAAUAACCAUCCUCACGCCAGAGGCCUGGCAGCACUUCCCAACCCACAACAUGUGCCUGUCCACCGUGCUAUGGCACAGCCCGCGCACCCUGAAGCGCAUCCGCAACCUGAUCCAGGGCCGGCGGGCCUACAUCGUGGGCGGCGUGCCCCACCCCGACGACCUGCUGGUGGCCGAGGAGCUGGGCGUGCCCGUCCUGGGCCCGGAGCCCGCCGUGGCCCAGCUCUACGGAACCAAGUCUGGGGGCAGGAGGGUGUUCACCGCCGCCGGGGUCCCGGUUCCGCCCGGACAGAGGGACAUCUACACCCUGCAGCAGCUGCAUGAGACGUUGACCCAUCUGAUAACCAACCACAUGGAUGUGCAGCGCUGGCUCUUUAAGAUCGACUCGGAGCUGGGCGGGCGAGGCACGGCCUACUGCGACAUGUGCCACCUGGGCAGCCUGGCAUGGGCACAGCAGCAACAGGCACGCCACCAGCCCCAGCUCUGGAACACCGAGUGGGCAAAGGAGGAAGUUCUUGUUAGGUUCUUGGAGGAGGUCCCUCAGCUUUUGGCUCAGCAUGCGCGCCCAUCCAACAGGACCAUCUACUCCACCUGGGAGCAGUUCCUGGCCCACUUCCUCCGAUACGGUGGUGUGGUGGAGGCCUACCCCCCCUCUGAGAGUGUGACGUGCCUGACGGUGGACCUGCUGGUGGAGCCGGCCGGUGAGGUGCGCGUGCUGUGCUGCGGGGACCAGUUCCACGGGCCCAGCGGUCUGGAGGUGCUCGGCUCGUCCGUGCCGCAGACCUCCAUCUGCCCCGAGGCCCUCCACCGGCUCUGCGACCGCGUGGGCCGCGCCUGCCUGGACAGGGGCAUCCUGGGAUACCUCGCCCUCGACCUGGUCACCUUCCUUCACCCCAGCACCAUGGAGCAGCAGGUAUGGGCUAUUGAUCUGGACCUGGGUUACAGCAAUCAGCUGGUCUUGACCCAACUCACGCUCGCCUUGUCCGGUGCCACCCUGGACUGUCGCACCAGCCGAUUGGAGGUGUCGCUGCCAAUCAAAGAGAAGAACGCCACCCUCUCGCUCAAAGAAGCCAAAGCACAGCCAACACCUGUGACCAGUCGCUACGCUGUGAUAGGCAGUCGGCUGCUUCACACCAACCUGUCCAUGGUGCACUACAGCGUCUUCUUCCAGAUGUGUAAGGCCCAGGGCAUAGGCUUUGACAUCAAGGAAAGGCAAGGCACCCUGUUUGCCCUUCAUGACAGCACAGACAGAUACAGUUUGGGGAUGGUAACACUGUGUGAGGAUCUCCAGGGAUCUCUGAUGACCUUUGCUCGCAACCUGUCUGUCAUUCAUCAGGAAAUAUCCGCCCCAAACAUGCAAGGGGUGUCCAAUUUUAAGGACAUGAUCAAGGACAUCGAGGCUGUGUUGGGUCUUACCAUUCAGAACAAGACUCAAGAAAAGACUGGCCAAACAGAUGGUCUGACCAGCACCGAUCAGGACUAAAGCAACAGACCAGUCAAGCUCUAUGUGUUCAAGAUACUUGUUUGACUUCAUCUUUUGACUACAUCUUUUAUGUUUCUUUCAGAAUACAUUUUAUGUGGAUUAUGUGGAUUCACUGAAAAGACACCAAACAUUACACAAUUAAUUAAGUAAAAAUAGUAAUACAAAUAAUAAUACAUGUAAAAUAAUAGGACUGUGCAUUAUCUAUGAAGAAGAGAAGUCAUGUGGAUUGAACUUAAAGUAAUGAGUUUAAUUUACAAAUUUAAACAGUGAUAUUGUAGUCAGUCAGUGAUUCAGUUUGUCUAACUGAUGGCUUUUAGAGCCGGAACUGUAACAAAUUCCGUUGUUUCCGGGGGACAGAAAUGUUUGCUGGUACAAUGACAGGGUGAGCCGAGAAGUAGCGAGUGUAUUUAAAUUAUUACUGGAUAUUUAAACUGUCGAGUCCUGCUUUUUUAAAUGUGAGGUAGUCGUGAACACUGCGCUUAUACGCAAGGGGAAUUAAAUAAAUAAUGUUUUGUGCCACAGCGAGUCGGCUUACCGUUUUGCCCUGAACACUACUGCAACGUUUACAGCGGUCAAAUACAUGCUAUGUCUAAAUGUAGCAUUAGGUAUCUGAACGCUAAGACAUAGGAAUACACUUAGUUUAUUAUCUGAACGCCUGUACUGUAACGAAGACGUGGUCAAAAUCAACAUAGAGGAUUCAGCUCAGCGACACUUUCUUGAUAAACUAACCAGAAUAAUUGCGUGAUAUGACAGCUUGAUAUGUCAGCUUGAUAUGUCACUCAAUCAUGGAUGUGUAUUCCUCACACUUACGGCUAUUCAUAAAAGGAAUUCAUCUAUCUAAUCGAGCAUGGUGUCUUACUCUUCUAAAUAAAAGGAGUUGUAAUAUUA